GGCGGGAGCAUGGUCCAAGCCCGGCCGAGCGGGGGGACCCGGCGGGUACGCCCCGCCGCCUUAGUAAGCGCCCGGGCGGCGCGGCCCGUGGCCGAACCUGCACGCCAAGCCCGAGAAGGACCGGGACAAGGUGUCUGAGAUGCCGCUGCCGCAGAAGAAGCGCUGGGAGUCCAUGGCCAAGGGGCUGGUGCUGGGCGCACUCUUCACCAGCUUCCUGCUGCUGCUGUACUCCUAUGCCGUCCCCCCUCUGUACACUGGCCUGGCUUCCACCAGGACCCCCGAGGGCGCGGCCCCCUGCUCCCCGGCCCCGAGUGAGCCAGAGGCGCCCACCCCGGCCAACGGCUCGGCGGGAGGCUGCCAGCCGCGGCGGGACAUCGUGUUCAUGAAGACGCACAAGACGGCCAGCAGCACGCUGCUCAACAUCCUGUUCCGCUUCGGCCAGAAGCACGGGCUCAAGUUCGCCUUCCCCAACGGCCGCAACGACUUCGACUACCCCGCCUUCUUCGCGCGCAGCCUGGUGCAGGAUUACCGGCCCGGGGCCUGCUUCAACAUCAUCUGCAACCACAUGCGCUUCCACUACGACGAGGUGCGGGGCCUGGUGGCGCCCAACGCCACCUUCAUCACCGUGCUCCGCGACCCCGCCCGCCUCUUCGAGUCCUCCUUCCACUACUUCGGCUCCGUGGUGCCCUUCACGUGGAAGCUCUCGGGCCGCGACAAGCUGGCCGAGUUCCUGCAGGACCCCGACCGCUACUACGACCCCCGCGGCUACAACGCCCACUACCUCCGCAACCUGCUCUUCUUCGACCUGGGCUACGACAGCGACCUGGACCCCGGCAGCCCGCAGGUGCAGGAUCACAUCCUGGAGGUGGAGCGCCGCUUCCACCUCGUGCUGCUGCAGGAGUACUUCGACGAGUCGCUGGUGCUGCUCAAGGACCUGCUGUGCUGGGAGCUGGAGGACGUGCUCUACUUCAAGCUCAACGCCCGCCGCGCCUCGGCCGUGCCGCGCCUCUCGGGCGAGCUGUACCGGCGCGCCACGGCCUGGAACGUGCUGGACGCGCGCCUCUACCGCCACUUCAACGCCAGCUUCUGGCGCAGGGUGGAGGCCUUCGGGCGCGAGCGCAUGGCCCGCGAGGUGGCCGCCCUGCGGCGCGCCAACGAGCGCAUGCGCCGCAUCUGCAUCGACGGCGGCCACGCGGUGGACGCCGCGGCCAUCCAGGACUCGGCCAUGCAGCCCUGGCAGCCGCUGGGCGCCAAGUCCAUCCUGGGCUACAACCUCAAGAAGAGCAUCGGGCAGCGGCACGCGCAGCUCUGCCGGCGCAUGCUCACGCCCGAGAUCCAGUACCUGAUGGACCUGGGCGUCAACCUGUGGAUCACCAAGCUCUGGAAGUUCAUUCGGGACUUCCUGCGGUGGUGA